AGGCGGUGACGCUCGCGGUGACAAAGCGCCUCGGGCUGGACUACCAGACACAGAAGGAGUGCCUCGUGCUGGACCCGCACUCGUACAAGCUCACCGAGGAGGUGGAGUACUCUAACUCGUAUCCGGGACUGAAGUCCGUCUACCGCAUCCACCAAGUGGCAAUGCAGGCGAAGGACAUCCAGCACCUCGGUGCGCUCGGCCUGCCGGAGGGCACGGACUUCGUGAUCACCCGGCAGGAGUCCAACGAGGACAGGAUCGUGUUGAAGUAUGGCUGGCAGCCAUCGGAUGAUUGCCAGAGCUUCGUCCAAGACCUCCCCGCCUUCACCCGCAGGAUGACCCAUAAGAAGAGCGACAAGGAGUACAGGAGGAAUCUUGUCGACAACCCGGUCAAGGCGCAGGGGGCGAAAGAGGCGCCGGAGGAGCCCGUCCUCAAGCGCCGGGUUCAGGCGCCCGAGCCCAUCACCGUGCCCGCCAGGAGCUCCUGGAAGUCCUCCUACGCGGUGGCCGAGAUGAUGCGGGGGAAGCACACGGACUGGGCCCGUGCGAAGAACGCCGCCAAGCGCAUCCGCGACCCGGAGUACCACGUGGGCAUGUUCUUCGAGGACUGCCGGGCGGCGUUCCCGGAGCUCCAGCUCUACCAGGUCGACAGCGCCACGAGCAGCGGCCGCAGCGGCGACGACGAGUACCAGCGCACCGUCGGGGCCCUCUUCGCGGUGUUCUGGCUCAUGCGCUUGCACCUGGACGGAGGCGCCCACUUCCCACCGAGCGCUGAUGGCGGCAAGUUCAAGGCGGGCGUCGGCGUUAUUGUGAAGGCUAACAUUGGGGUUCCCUUGUUAGAUGGAUAUAUUGAUAGCCAUGUCCUUAUCCCAGGGCAUGGGGUCGCUGUUUACGUUCACGUGGGGCCGCGCCAUGGCUUCAUCGCGGUCCCACUGUACAUGAUUCAAGGAGAGCUUCUUGGAGGCAGCAAUGCUGAGAAGAUUAGACAGUUGGGUCAGUGCUUGUCCUACUACAAGGCUCCGUUCAUCGUUGGGGCUGAUUGGGACAUGUUUUGGGACAAGAUAGUGCAGGGCCGUCUUCAUGAAAGACUUCGCGGCACCUUCAUCGCCCUUCAGGACGGCACCUACAGGGACCCCAAGACGGGCAACACCACGAUGAUAGAUUACUUCAUGGCCUCCGACGGCUUGGGCGCAGUCAUGGAGGAUGUCGCUGAGAAGGUGGAGGCCGAAGACGAUGAUGACGAGGUGCAGUUUGAAGUCCCCCGUGGUGAGCCUUCGUUCUCUUGGACCGAGCUCAUGGGGGACGACGCUCACUUUGAAUGUGGCACGGCUUCUGACCAGCGCUCGCGAUUGGAUGGGCUGUGCAAGGCGCUGUUCGAUGGCGCUGAGGAGGAGUUACUCCCCCUCUUCCAGUACAGGGUGCAGGACGUUCGUCUCACAUGGCGCGCACGUGCGCAGGGGCAUCCCAGGGCAUGGCAGCACUUAUAUGACUUUGCCGGUGCGCGUGGCAAGGACGGUAAGCUCAGGCACGCACUUCCUCCGCACGUGCCCGAGGACGUUGUAUUCAUUGUCAUGCAGGCGUGCACGCAGUCGCAUUUCCACUGGGGCAUGCUUAGCUUCGUGGGUACCUUCCUCGGUCGGCUAGCUGAGCAAGAGGAGUGA